ACGGACCGUGUCUAUAAUCGUGGCUCGGUGUAAAUGUAUAGUGUCAAAUUAACCAUGUUGAAACGCAUAUUUGGCAUCGUAGAAAUCAAUUGAGAAUAAUAAAAAAUGGUGUCAUUAAUAAAAAAGCAACUAUUGAAACAUUUAUCAAGGUUUACCAAGAACUUAUCUGCUGAUAAAAUAAAUUUAAGUGCAUUUAAAGGUGAAGGCGAACUGACAAACUUAGAACUUGAUGAAAUAGUUUUAACUGAUUUGUUAGAAUUGCCGUCAUGGCUUAGAUUAACAAAUGCUUGGUGCAAUAAAGUUUCAUUUCGUAUACAAUGGACCAAAUUAAGAAGUGUUCCUAUUUUUUUGAGUUUAGACGAAGUUCAUAUAGAAGUAGAAACAUGUGAAGAUUUAAGAGAUUUAUCUUCUCCGCAAGGGCUUUCUUCAUAUACUGGUCCUGCAAAAUAUUCUUUUAUACAUAAAGUAAUCGAUGGUAUAACAGUGACUGUUAAUACUGUAUCAGUUACAUUCAAAAGUCCUGCAUUCAUUGCUUCAGUUCAGAUGAAUCGCAUUAUUGUGGAAUCGAAAUCUGCAACAUGGCAACGGUGUGAUCUAAGGACUACUAGAGUGAAAGAUCCUGAUCGUGGACAGUUACUUAUUUUUAAAGAAUUAGAAUGGCAGACAGUUAGAAUAGAGGCACAAAGUACUAAAGAUAAGAACCUUACGCCAUUACGUUUACUUACGAAUCAAGCAAGGUGUCGGAUUACUAUUAAAAAAAGAAUAUCAGAUUGUUUUGUUAUGGGAUCAAGACUGAUUCUUAUAUUAGAUGAUCUCUUAUGGGUUUUAACAGAUUCACAGUUGAAAGCAGCACUUCAUUUUAUUGACUCUUUAGGUGGCUUGAUAGAAAAAGCUACAGUAUUAGAGCGUAAAACUAAAGCAGCUAGAAAAUUAGAGGUAUUGCCAGAGUAUCAAGCACAAAUAUCUCAACAAUCAAGAACAAAAAAUCAAUAUAAUACUGCUAUCUCUAAAAUUUUUACCAGAUAUGAUGUUGUAGAAACUUCAUAUCAUUUUCUUUGUCAAAGAAUUGAUUUACAUUUAUGUGAUGAUGCUGGUAAUGGUAGAUCCUCCCAUCCCGACUUAAAGGAUGGUGGUGCACUGCAAAUUUCAUUAGUUAGAUUUCAAGUUGAUUAUUAUCCAUAUCACUUAGCAAUGGCUGAUAGAAAACAUUGGGCUAAAUAUAAAGAAAAUGCUACACCUCACAGCCAAUGGUUACAGCAAUCCUUAAGUUCUUUUCGAAGUCAGUUUAUGGAUCUCAUAGAUUCUGGCAGAACACAGCAUUCUCCUUUAACUAGGAGUCAAGGAAACAUUACAGUUAAUAACACAAAAGGUUUAGGAGACAAUUCGGAAAAGGGUAAUCAAUCUCAAAAUAUAAACAUAACUGUUGAUGACAAAAAAAAGUCGCAACAUCCUAGUGGUAAUCCAGUGAAAAAUUACAUUUUGGAACAGCUGGCUAAAUUAAUGACGACAUGCAUUAUAAUAAGGAUAGAUGAUUUUACCUUGUACAAAGUAACUACAACGUCUCGUAACCCUGUACCAAAAGAAUUUGUUAUGGCUCAAACAAGGAAGAAACAUGCAACAGGUGACAGAGACAAAUUUUGUCUUCCAGAAGAUGUUACAAUUGUUCAUGCUGAAUUUACAUAUUAUUAUUAUCCUGGAGAUAUUACAUUUCCAUUGCCACCACCAAAAUUUUAUGUACAACUGAAUCCUAUCCAAGUAAAUUUUGAUGUCUGUUCCUGCUUAUGGUUUAAUUCAUUUGCAUUAAAUUUAUAUCAUUCUCUAAUGAAUAAGGAUAAACAAUCAACAUAUACUUCCACUAAUUUAAUGUAUUUUGAUGUGAAAAUCGAAGCUAUACUUCCAAGGGUAGUUUUUGAAAGCCAACAAGAUUAUCCUAAUCAGAAGGAUAGGCCAAAGUCUUUGCACAUACAGACGUCGAGAGCGUCAAUAACAAAUGUUCGAUCCGCAGAAAGAUCUUCAAGAGCAGAUUUAGCACAAUGUGUAAAUGCUUUUCAAAUGGGACAGAUGUUUUUUGCUACAGACUUUCCAAAUAGAUCGAAUGAUUUUCAUAUUCUUACAGAUAAAUUUUUGGCACAUUGCGCAGGCACUGAUAAUAUUCGAUAUCCACCACCUAAUUUUAGCAGUAAUUCUGUAAACGAAUUAGUUCGUCAAUUACACCGGGAGCUUUUAUGGACUGAAGCUAAAGACAUAUGGUGUUGUAAUUUGGAACCCGUUUGGGGAGAUUUUCUUGGUGCUCGUGCGGUCGGACAAAACCGACCUGUGCCGUUCCUUGAUGCAUUUCCUUUAACUCUAUGGUGUUACAUGUCUAUGAAAUCGUCAGAGAAAGAUUCAUCAGAAAAUAAAUCUACUGCUGACAUUCAUGGUCUUGCAUACAUAAGCAAUUUAGUUAGCGUCCAGAUAAAUCAUUAUCAAUAUUUGUUUUUGUUAAGGUUAUCGGAAGUUUUAUCGGAAAUGGCAACGUAUCUAAAUAUUGAUUCUAAUAAAAUAUUAAAGGUUGAUUGUGGUAGUUCACUUGUUAUUGGUGCAUUGAUACCACAAGUAGAAGUAACAUUUGUCAUGCCGUCGCAUACCCCUGGUAAAGAAAAUUCUGGAGGUGAUUUGGAAUCCGUUAUGCCAGAUUCAUCUAGCAUAGCAGAUGACAUUCCAGGUUCGUCUAUUCCAUGGCAAAGUACAGAACGAGUUGAGAGCAGUAGUAAAAAGAUUAAUAUAAAUAAUGAAACAAUAACGCCACAAAGUGACGUAUCAUCAAUGUUGUCAAUGGAUUUUAUACAUUCUAGUAUACCUCAAACUGUUGUGACUUUUAAACAAAAUGGUACCAAUAAACACGAAAAUAAUAUGCAGAUAAGAAAUGUAGCACCUGAUAAAAGGUGCAUUACUGUAGAAGAAGAGAAAUCAUUGCCUACUUUAAGAUAUAAUGCUGAUGCUACAAAUAAGCAUAGUAAAGGAGAUUCGUCUUCAAAUACACCAUUCAUUCCUAAUAAUUUCAACGUUGGUCUCUCUUCUAUGAAAAAAGGAUUAAGUAAUUUGAUGACAUCAAUUGAUUCAGCUUUGAAGGCUUCUCCAGAAGAUGGUAGCAGUGAUACUGUAUCUAUAAGAAGUGAUGUUAGUUCUGACAGUGAGAACUACGUUUUAAUUAAUCUUCAAGAUCAAGAAAAAUUAGAUACAAUGUUUUCUGUUGAUAAUUCAAUUAGAAUAACAGCAGUAGAAGAAGCUAGUGAAGUAGUUGAAGAAACUCCUGAUACUCAGAGUGAAAAAUCUAUGGAUAGUGUGUGUAAACGAAAGGAUAUUGUAUCUAUGGCAACAUUUAAAUUAUCUAAAGUUGAAUUUAUUCAACAAUCUCUUGGAUAUGCAUCAUCAAUUAAAGUUCAAAUUUCAAAUAUUGGUAAUGAUGAAUGUUCAUCUAUCCCAUGGGAUGAAUUUCAGGUCAAGAGAAAGACAAAAUUCAGUGCACGAUCACGAGGUUGGGUCGAAUUACCUUCAGAUUCUAACUGUAGAUCAUGUAUUAAACUACGUUUGGAUCAUGAUUUAAAAUGCAAGUCAGAUUCUUGGAAAUUGUCUCAAGCAAGUCGAGCUAUAAGGAAUAAAAAUAUGCACUUAAAUCAGAAUCAAGAUAAUACAGCUGAGGAAGAGGUAGAUACUACUAUAGAUGUACAUAACAAACAAAGUGUUUUGGAUUUGUUUGAAGAUAAAUUAGAAGUUAAAGUUACUAAUGUAUCUAUGGCCUUGUCUAUGAGUUCAAUAAGUGGUCUUACAGACUUAACUGAAGAUGAAAUUAUACCUAGGCCGAUACCAUUGCAGAUAUAUCUGGAGAGUAUAUCAUUGCGUUUAAAUGAAGAUCGUCCACCGAAUAAUAUAACUUCGCCAGGACCAAUUCCUAUAGAUCUGAAUAUUGCAAAGCUUAAGAUAGUACGAGAUGCAAAUGGAGUUUUUCAUAUCGAACCAGUUGUAAAUUUGUUGAGCAGGAGUAAUUCCCUUGUAACACUCACAAGCAGUGAUACUCAAAUAGUUGAGAAUAUAAAUCAUGAAAUGGAACUAAAUAUUUUAAGACAGUCCAGUAAACAGUUGAAAUUGGAUAAUGAACAGCUUCGACGUCGUCUCAAUGCUUUGGAGAAAAUAUCAGAAGAAAAUGCGAAAUUAAUACGUAUAAAAGAAGAAUCUACUGUAAUCAAAUCUCAUUUAAGUGCAGCACAAGAAGACAUACAGCUGCUUCUGAAAGAGAAAAGAGCCUUGCAAGAAACAAUAACAGAACUUCAAAAUCGAAUAAUUGGAAGUGGCCCAGGCAGUGCUACUCGUGCAUCUUGGUCAUCAAAGAGAUAGCAUACCAGUUGUUUUGAUUGUUCCAAAUGUUGUAGUUCGAAUAAGUCAUAAUAAUAAUUUUAUUAAUUAUUACUUUUCAUAUUAUUAGAAGUGAAAUUUUACACAGUUGAAUUAUGUGUUUUCAUAGCAUCUAUAUUUAACUUAAAGAGAGAAAGGUAUGUCAUACUAGAACUUUUGGAUCCUUACUAUACGAAUUUAAUAUGUUACAUUGACUUUUAAGUCUUAUAAAGGGAAAACUUGAAUAACACAUUUAUUAUAAUAUGUUUUGGGCAAAAAUUUCCUGAGUUUACUUGUUUUGUAUAUUAUCUUGUCUAUCAUAUUUAUGCUAGUAAUUGCCUUUAACUAUUCAAUAGUCAUUAUUCAAGCUAUUGAAUAGUUAUUCAAAUCUAUUCAAGCUAUUCAAUAAUCAUUAAGAUAACAUUCAGUUAUAUAAGAUGCACUUACAUGAAAUAUACUGAUUUUUACUAUGAGCGAGUACAAGGCGAUAAAUAAUGGCAAUAGUAGUCAGUGUUUAGCAUUUUCAUUAAUGAAACAAAUAAAGAAAAGAUUGGUGGAAUGAAUAUUCUGGAUACAUACAUGUGUAUUUAUGAUAUGCGAUAAUACACGUGUUAAAACGUGAUGUAUAUAUGAGGUUGUUAAUAAUUUUGCGCGCACGCGUGCCCACACACACACACACACACACACACACACACACACACACACACACACACACACACACACACACACACACACACACACACACACACACACACACACACACACACACACACACACAAAAUUAGUUAUAUAUAUUAAUAUAUAAUAUAUUAAUUAAUAGAUAAUAUAAUGGAAUUAUUAUGUAAUUUAUUAUUUAUAUUUAAUAUAUAAUUAUUAUUAAUUAUAUAUUAAUAUUAAUAUAUUAUGUAUAUAAUAUAUAAAUAUUAUGUAAUAUCUAUAUAUACAUAUUUGUUGCAUAUAUAGAUAUAAAACGUACAUGAUAGAUUAUAGUAUGCUAGUCAAAUUAUUGCAAUAUAUGUUUGGUUUUAUAGCAGUGGUUGUUACCUAGUAUGAAAACAGAGAAUUGAAUAUAAAUUUUUUACCAAUGCUUUUUGUUCUUCUCAUCGUAAAUGUUUUGACGAAUUUCAUAGGCAACUUUUAAAGGAAUGAGAAAAUACAGUAAAGUAAUAUAAUAAAUGUAAGAUAUUAAUGGAUAUUGAAUGAUAAAUUAUUUGAGCCUACCAGAUAGAUUGUCUAGCUUAAAAUCAAUGAAGAACGUUUGUUCGUAUUAAUGUAUAUGUAUAAGAUGUGUAUAAGAGUGAAUACAUGUGAUUUAAUAAUCAGUUACGUGAUAAAAAUAAAACUGACUAUAAUAUACAAUAUACAAUGAUAAUCUAAAAUGUUUUGAUAAGACUGUAAAACUGAUGUUAUUUCCUGUGUCAUUUCCUGUAUUUCUAUUAAACUGAAGAUAUGCAUUAAUUGAUAUUUAUCUUUGGAAAUGAAUAAUAUUGGACUACAUUAAACCAAAAUUAAUAGUGUAUUAUAGUGGACUAAUAAUUUUGUCACAUUGUAUGUUGUGAUAUCUUGACAUUUUAUCAUUGUAUGUUACAAUAAAUUUAAUUUCCAGGAUGGGUUGCUGGCCAAUCCUUUUGUUACAAAACAGUGAGGUAUUUUUCUAAUGUGUAUUAAUGACAAUUGCUAGUUAGAUUUUUUUUAUUUUAAAAAUCUGAUUUUUUUCAAACAAAACGAAAACAAAAACAGUUUUCUCCACUAUAACAAAUUUAUUAAAUUUAGUGUCAGUUUUUUUAAAAUAAAAAAGUAAAAUAAAAUUUUUUAAUUAAUUCACAUUAAUAUGAGAUGUUGGAAGAAUAAUUUGUUUACACUUAAGUAUUAUGCAGAACAUAAAGUCUUGAUUUCGUUGUAUAAUAUUUGUUUACUUAGUCAGGAUAUUUAACGAUUCGAUUAGAUUAAAAUGUUUGUAUUUUAUCUCUAUGAUUAAAUGUAAGUUCUACUUAUUAUGUUUUAUUUUGUAAAAUGUUAUGUUUCUAAGAUCUUGUAUUUAAAAUUUUAUAUUAAAUUUUUAUGAUUAAAGAA